AUGAAUCCUGAAAUAUCCUUAUAUGUUGAUAAAGCACAACUAAAUGACGAUGAGGCUUACCUCAUACUCAAUCCUCCUUCUAAACUACAUGUACAAAUGAUUAAACUGAUUUCACCCAAUCCCAACAAUGUUGAUUCUAUCAGUAUCCCAAAAUCUCAAAACUGUUUUUUCUUAUACCGCAAAAAUUAUAUUGCAAAACAUAAAUCUCCUAGGAGUAAUAAGGAUUGGAAAAUUCUUUCAAAGGAAGCCGGUAAUGCCUGGAAUAAUGAAUCAGAUAAAGUAAAAAGUUACUUUAAAGUAUUAGCAAAACUAGCUCUUCAAAAACAUAGAUUAACUUAUGAAAGUCGACUACAAAAAAAUUGUAUUUUUAUCACCCAACAACCAGAGUCACAACAAAAACAAAUAGAUAAUAAUGGUUCUGCAGUUUCACCAUCACCAUAUCCACAUUCUUCUUCAUUCUCUCCUUGCAUAAACAAUAAUACAAGCUCACAACCAGAACUCCAACAAAUACAAAAUCAUAAUAAUCUUCAUAAUAACGAUUGUGUGGUUUCAAUACCACCUUACCCACUAAUGCCUUAUACCAAUCCGCCAAAUUUGACAUUACUACAAAUUUAA